GUCAAGUUGUGAGCGCUUCAGUACAACCCCCUGUGAUUUCUGUAUGCGGGUCCACGAACGAUGAAAGCGCGCCCCCGAGACUUCAGGUGAAUGGGAAGCGAGAGCGGGUUAUGGUUCAGUGUGCGUCGGGGAAAAGGAAAAAUAAGGAAAAUGACCUGCAACAGCUCGUUCUGGGCACAUGUGUUCAUGACAGCGUAUUUACUAUGGGUCACGGGACGUGUUGCUCAGAAAGUCUACUUUGAUUGUGGAGCGAAGGUGGAUGUUGUGGAUGUCCAAGGCCUCAUCCUGUCUCCUGGGUUUCCCUAUAACUAUUCCUCAGGGACCCACUGUGUCUGGCAGUUCUUUGUGCCCGUCGGCCACCAGCUCAUACUGGAGAUAUUUGACUUUGACGUGUUCGAGAGCCACGACCCCUCUGCCCAGUACACUGCCAUCUCUAACUUGAAAGUGGAAGAUGCUGAGGCUGACGAUGGGGCAACGUUCCCGUCUGGCGGUCCGGGCACAGAUGAAAACAUGUCAAUGCUGGCUAAAGACGUCCCCGUAACUCAGGCUCAGGGGGGCAGAGCGAAAGCCCCCCAGUCCUCCUUCCAACAUGACAAGGUCAAGCAGGUGGUGGUGCAAGAGCAGUCCACCAAGAUGGAGAUCGCCAAAGUCUCCAACUCUGCUAAAAGGUCCACCUCUGAUAUUGCAUCCCCACAUCCCCCCUCACACCUCCUACCCAGGGACCAGGCAGCGGUGAACUCAAUCACCUCUCCUCUCCUCAGAGGCGACCCUGACCUGAACCCUACCCCUAACCCCAGAGCAGCAGCCCCAGACCUGGCUGUGGUUGUAGACAAGGCCACCACUCCGACCUCUCCACCCCCCACGGACAAUGAGUCAGUGAGCUCUGAGACCCAGAUGGUGGACGCUUGCCCCCACGACGUCCUCUACAUCUCAGACCUCCUCACUUUCUCCUCGCGCUUCUGCGGCUCCAACCGGCCCUCCAGCAGCCAGCUGGUGUUUGGCUCCAGCCAGGAGAUGGUAGAGGUCAUCAUGGAGUUGAUCACCACCACCCACUGGGGCCGCGGCUUCGCCCUGCUCUUUCACUACCACAACCGGACAGAACCGGAUGGAGAUGACCCCCGGCACGCCUACGCCCCUGCCGGGGCCAGCAAGAUGGGCUCUCUGCUGGCUGCCAUGAGCGGAGCAGCCUUCUUUGCCAUGGUGCUCACCAGCGCUCUGUGUAUUAUUUUCAGACCUAAACUAUGUCCGAAAAGAGCCAACUCUUGCUCAUCCAACAACUCUGAGGUGCAGGAGGGAGUGCAGAACUCUGGAGCUGACGUCCGUGAGCUGCAGCUGGUGGCUCCUAAUCAGCCCAGCCUGGAGGUCCCUAGGACAGCAGGGAACGACAACAACCACUCCCUCAGCCUCACACACACAGGUUCCCCGGUCAGUGUUGGUGGUGAUAUGUCUGAGCAUGCUGAAGUGGACCUCUCAUCCAAUGGUCUCACGGAACUGGACUUGGGGACAGAUGAGGUGUUUAUCAUUUCAUCUGCGCCCAGUACGAGCAGCAGACUGCUGUUCUCGGCCCAUACGCGGGAGAGGUUUCUGAGGCACAGUGACACCGGCCCAGGCCCUGUCAGUGACUGGCCCUCUCUAGACCCGGCUGCCUCGCCCACAGAGACCUGUGCUGCCCAGGAUGGCAGUGCCAGCUGUGCCCGACCCCGGCCGCGGGCCUGGAGCGUCCGCACCUUCCAGGACUUCCUCCCUCCACUGCACCAGUUACACAAGAAGUGGUGCAGUUGGAACUCCACCAGUCCCUUCACUAAGCUGGUGGACAGCGCCCCGUCAGGCUUUGUGUCAGAAUGCCGUAGGGAUGACAGCAGGAAAGUGUUCUCCGACCCCCAGUUGGAGGCCCAGGAUGACAGUAACACCUCCGACUCCUCCAUGAGUAACGUCUCGUAUCCCCUCACCCUGCCCGCCCAGAGGCAGCGCCGCUUAAACUCCACUAGCAACAUGCGGCGCUCUCGCUUCACCGGGCCCUGCUUCGGCCUGCUCUCUGGGUCCAGUCCCUCAGACAGCACCAAGGCCCCCGGGGGCUCCCUCCUCCAGGCCUCCCCGUCCCAACCCAGUAACAGUACCUCUGGGCAGGGGCAGCUGGAAGAGGUGCAGGGUGGGAAGCGCCGUGAUUUCCCAGCAGAGAGCGACCACGUCAGUGUCCCGGUGUUUGCCAUCUGUGAAGAGGAGGACCGGCAGCCCUUGAUCCUGGCUGAGCACUUGGGGCAUUCCUCCAUGCUGAAUGGACUGAGUCGGGGGGUGUACGAGGCAAAGGGCCCCGCCGGCGGAAGCCUCAACCCUGGCCCCCAGAGCGCAGCCAAUGGCCCCCUCCUCCAGAGGGGAAGGUCAGAGUGGAGGCCAUGGGGGAGUCAGGCCUCAGGAGGGGCCAGUCCUUACCCUCUCCCUCACCCCUCUGGCUCACACACAGCCACCAAUACUAACGAGUCCGCCUUCGUGCACAGCACAGCCAAUCAGAUCCAGAUGCCUUCCCUCAGCCAAUUAACAGUGCCAUGCAGUGUGACAGGCAAUGUGACCAGUGACAGCCCAGCAUCCAGUCCAUGUGACAGGAGAGCGGACAGACAAAGUAUGCACUCUUGGGUUGGCCCAGCAAAGCAAUAAUAAACCAUUUUUAGUGCCACCUUUGUAAAAAUGCAAAAACUAACUUUUUGAUUACUGAAAUCAACUUUUAUAUGGCAUUUCUACAUUCUUGAAGUCAAUUGCUUUAUGGUGACAAACUGGAUGUUUUCAUACACACUAUAUAUAUUUUAAUAAAGUUAAAGGCCCAAUGCAGACUUUUUAAAAUCUCAAUAUCAAAUACUUUCUGGGUAGAAUUAAGUACCUUACUGUUAUAGUUGUCCAAUAAAAUGUUAAAACAUAUACAGAAAUAGCUUUUUAGCAAAAAAAUAUUUCUCAAACAAGAAUUUUGUUAAGAUUGUCUGGGAGUGGUCUAAGUGAGGGGCCUAAUGGGGGGGAUAUGGGUUGUCCACAUUUGGUGCCUUUUGAUUUCGCCUAAUUUUAACAUUGUCUUAAAGAGCACAUACAGUUGAAGUCGGAAUUUUACAUACACCAUACACCUUAGCCAAAUACAUUUAAACUCUGUUUUUCACAAUGCCUGACAUUUAAUCCUAGUGAAAAUGCCCUGUUUUAGGUCAGUUAGGAUCACCACUUUAUUUUAAGAAUGUGAAAUGUCAGAGUAAUAGUAGAGAGAAUGAUAUAGUUCAGCUUUUAUUUCUUUCAUCACAUUCCCAGUGGGUCAGAAGUUUACAUACAAUCAAUUAGUAUUUGGUAGCAUUGUCUUUAAAUUGUUUAACUUGGGUCAAACGUUUUGGGUAGCCUUCCACAACCUUCCCACAAUAAGUUGGGUGAAUUUUGGCCCAUUCCUUCUGACAGAGCAGGUGUAACUGAGUCAGGUUUGUAGGGCUCCUUGCUCACAUAUGUUUUUUCAGUUCUGGCCACACAUUUUCGAUAGGAUUGAGGUCAGGGCUUUGUGAUGGCCACUCCAAUAACCUUGACAUUGUUGUCCUUAAGCCAUGUUGCCACAUCUUUGGAAGUAUGCUUUGGGUCAUUGUCCAUUUGGAAGACCCAUUUGUGACCAAGCUUUAACUUCCUGACUGAUGUCUUGAGAUGUUGCUUCAAUAUAUCCACAUAAUUUUCCAUCCUCAUGAAGCCAUCUAUUUUGUGAAGUGCACCAGUCCCUGCAUUAAUGCACCGCCACAACAUGAUGCUGCCACCCCUGUGCUUCAUGGUUGGGAUGGUGUUCUUUGGCUUGCAAGCAUCCCCCUUUUUUUCUCCAAAAAUAAAGAUGGUCAAUAUGGCCAAAAAGUUAUAUAUUUGUUUCAUCAGAGCAGAGGACAUUUAUCCAAAAAGUACGAUCUUUGUCCCCAUGUGCAGUUCCAAACCGUAGUCUGGCUUUUUUAUGGCUGUUUUGGAGCAGUGGCUUCUUCCUUGCUGAGCGGCCUUUCAGGUUAUGUCGAUCUAGGACUAGUUUUACUGUGGAUCUAGAUACUUUUGUACCUGUUUCCUCCAGCAUCUUCACAAGGUCCUUUGCUGUUGUUCUGGGAUUGAUUUGCACUUUUCUCUCCAAAGUAUGUUCAUCUCUAGGAGACAGAACGUGUUUCCUUCCUGAGCGUUAUGAUGGCUGUGUGGUCCCAUGGUGUUUAUACUUGCGUACUAUUGUUUGUACAGAUGAACGUGGUACCUUCAGGCGUUUGGAAAUUGCUCCCAAGGAUGAACCAGACUUGUGGAGGUCUACAAUUUUUUUUCUAAGGUCUUGGCUGAUUUAUUUUUAUUUUCCCAUGAUGUCAAGCAAAGAGGCACUGAGUUUGAAGGUUGGCCUUGAAAUACAUCCACAGGCACACCUCCAAUUGAUUCAAAUGAUGUCAAUUAGCCUAUCAGAAGCUUCUAAAGCCAUGACAUCAUUUUCUCAAAUUUCCCAAGCUGUUUAAAGGCACAGUCAACUUAGUGUAUGUGAACUUCUGACCCACUGGAAUUGUGAUACAGUGAAUAAGUGAAAUAAUCUGUCUAUAAACAAUCAUUGGAAAAAUUACUUGUGUCAUGCACAAAGUAGAUGUCUUAACCAACUUGACAAAACUAUAGUUUGUUAACAAGAAGUUUGUGGAGUGGUUGAAAAACUAGUUUUAAUUAGUCCAACCUAAGUGUAUGUAAACUUCCGACUUCAACUGUAUAUUAAAACGAGAUGUCCGUUCACCUAACAGGGUUGACCUUCAAAUAAGGGACAGGUUUAUUUAUUUUUUCUUAAAAUUAAUCACAAAUCACAUUAAAUAAAUAAUAAUCUUCAGAAAUUACUUUGUCGAAGCAAUAAAAUAACUAGUGCUUCACAAUGAUGGAGAACCCUUUGAGAAAGUGUGGGUUUAAGUGGGUAAAAUCUCCCUGAAAGUCACAGAGGGCUCACAGAGAACGCACGAGGGACUUUAGCAAGUCCUUAUUAGUAUAAAAUAAUCUGAUUUAUUGAAUUCUCCAUGUGGUCAAGAUUAAAGGGCACCACUGAAUAUAAACAGGCAUUAACAUUAACAUUCUAUUCACCAGGCAAGCCAAAAUACCACCCAUGCAAACCUGCUGAUUUAGAAGGUCCUGUAUAAAUUGUAUUUUCAACCAGCAACUAUCAGGAAAUAAUGCUGAUAAAAAUGUUUGCGCUUUUACAGCGUUCGUGCUAUAUUCAAUCAGAUUGACAUCCGUUUUGCAUUAUUUUGGCGGAAUCUGAGGUGGAACUUCGAGCUGUCAAAUCAAGCGACUCAUUGCGUUACCUUUUCGCAGACAUUGGAUGCAACGGAACCACACCCAACUAUAAUCCGACAAAUCCCAUGCAGCCACGUUACAAAUUCAAACUCUCGAAUUGGCUGCUGGGCAUAAAUCCCCCCCAUCCAAAUGAACAUGAAACCAAGCAUUAGCCUCACAUCAAUGGUUUGACAUUUGAGAGUCAUUAUUUCCACCAUGGACAGACCCGACACUUUCUAACGCCGUAGGGAUACUAAGGAAGGGAGUGGUUUGUGACACAUAGGAGCAGCUGCUCACUAAUGUCAGCGAUUACCGCAGUUACACAUCCAACACCGCCAAAACAUCUGCUAUGCGGAUGUCGGCCAACACUAAAAUCCUCAUAGAUUGAAUCCAGGCCUUAUUUUUAUCAGCUGUUGUACAAUAUGAUACAAAACACAGGAAAAACAGAAUGUUGACUGCAACGGGCCUUUAAAACAUCAUCAAUGUUUGCUGUUUACCACACAAAGACAUUUUCAGCUUCUGUAUAAUUGAAAAACGUGAGAAUAUUGAAUAUGGACGGAAACAUUGUUUUUAUUUCCCAAGCCCAGUUAAUUUCCCAACUCCUGUGAGCACUUUUCUACCAGUUAAAGGCUCAGCGCAGUCAAUUGUUUUUCUGGUGUUUUGUUUCAUAUUGUACAACAGUUGAUGAAAUUUACACUGAUCGACAAAAAAAAAUCACACUGUUACAGAGUUAUUUCUAAUUUUAUUUAACUUGGCUACUCAGUUAAGAACAAAAACAUCUUAUUUACAAUGAUAGCCUACCCUAGCCAAACCCUGACGACACUGGGCCCAUUAUGUGCCGCCCUAUGGGACUCCCAAUCACGGCCGUUUGUGAUACAGCCUGGAGUCGAACCAGGGUCUGUAGUGAUGCCUGAGAUGCAGUGCCUUAGACCGCUGUGCCACUCGGGAGCUAAUAGCUGCUUGUUGAAAAAACUAUCUGGACAGGUCUUUCUAAUCAGCAGGUUUGCAUGGGCGGGAGUUGCGGCUUUCCAUUGUGACAUCCCUUGACAUAUUUUGGUUAAAAGACCAAUAACGGAGUUUCAAACCUCUCUGCCAAUAACAGCUAGUUUUCAGUUUUCCCCUCCCCACGCAAACUACUCCCAUACAGUCCUAGCUAAAUUCUUGCUUGAGACUACAUUUUUUGCUAAAAAGCUUUGUUUUUGCCCAUUUCAAUGAAAUCUAUGACAGUAAGUUACUUAAUUGUUACUCAGAAAUUAUUUGAUUGAGAUAAAAACAGCUGCACUGGGAAUUUAAUUCAUUUGAUUA